CAGAACAAACUGAUAUACAAGUUAUUAGCUUAGAUAUUGCCAAUAGUUUUGAAAAUGUAACCAAUUCUAAUAAUAUAGAUGAGGAUUAUAUUAUUAUAGAGCCUGAUGACCAAGAUCAUGAUGAUAGUAAUAAUAAGCAAGAAUUAUGUAAAUUCACAGAAUCUGAUUAUAGUAGCAAGGAUGAAGAAAUUAAUAUAGAGGAUCUAAUUAGAAUGCUUUUCAAAAGGGUUUUUGUUAAUGACUCAUAG